CUUAUUCCAAACUGAGGUUUAGCCUUUACAUCUAUAAAUUCCCAUCCCUUUAAAUCUUUUUAUCUGUCUCUUCAAUUCAACCCAAUCCCCUCUUUCUUGUUGGUUCAUAAUUGUCCGUCCGUCCGUCGAAUCUGUGCUUUGUUUCAGCUUCACAUAAGAAAAGCAACAAUUUUUUCUCCGUCAGCCGUUUCAUUUUCCUAGAGAUUCGUCAAAUUCUGAAGCGUUCUUGAGACCCAUCUUGAAGAUCUGGUGUUCUGCUCUUAGUUUCUUAGUAUAUGGACUAUGAACUUUUAGACAGCAGUGGUUAUUCCGCAAAGGGUUGUAUGGUGUAGAUUUGGGGUUAACUCCGCUGGAUUACUCUCUGAAAAUUAAGGACAAAGAAACUAGGGCUCGUGUCUGUGUGGGCCAAUCAAAAGAUGCAUUAUUAGCAUCUCGGAUAUUUAUCUCGGUGAGGUACUGAUGAUGAUCUGCCUCAAUCACAAUAUAAUAGAGCCCCUGCAGGAAGCAUUAUCGCUGGAAACGGAAGGUCUAGCAUAAGUUCAGCCCCAUACCAAAGGAUGUAUGUUGAUAUGGAAGCCCAAAUUCACAACCUUGAGCAGGAAGCAUACGGUGCAAUCCUUCGAGCUUUCAAAGCACAGUCUGAUGCUCUUACAUGGGAAAAGGAAAGCUUGAUAACAGAACUCAGGAAAGAGCUAAGAGUAUCAGAUGAUGAGCACAGAGACCUACUAACCAAGGUCAAUGCAGAUAACCUCAUUCAUAGGAUCAGGGAAUGGAGAAAGAAUAUGGGAAACCAACCUGUUCAUGAACAACUCCCUAGUCCAACAGUUUCUGGAUCAAGAAAGAGACCUAAAAUGUCACAGUCUGUGAUAAUGCCACUUGGUGCCCCAUCCGAGUCAUUGCACCAUCAGACAAUUGGUGCAAGCACACAACCUACAACUCCAGGCGCAAAAUGGGGAGUGGCACCAGGAAAUGGAGGAUUGAGGUCUAGACCUGGUCAACCAGUUUUCUCCUCAAAGCCCGUUCAUUAUCAACAGGCUGGUCCUGGUUCUUCAGGUGCUCUUCGUUCAGGUGAACUUGCUGAAAGACCAGGUGACUCCUUCCUUGGGAGAAGAGUGAUGACUAGGUGGCCAGAUGACAACAACUUCUACGAGGCCAUUAUAACUAAAUACAACGCUGUCGAUGGUCGGCAUGCUUUGGUGUAUGAUAUUGGUACACCAAAUGAGACUUGGGAAUGGGUUGAUCUCAAAGAGUACCUUAAAAUGCAGAUUCCCUCCAAUGAUAUUCGAUGGGUAGGUGAUGAUCCUGGAAUUUCUCAAGUUGGUGGAGGUGGUGGGCCAGGCUAUGGAGUUAAUACUCUAAGUGCUGGAAGAGGGAGGAGAUUUGCUAGGCAACAAUUUGAGAAUGAUGUUCACGCAUCACAAAACGGAAUUGUACAGAAGACUCCAGAUGAAAUUGAGAUACUACACACAGAAACAUUAUUAAAGAAGGUUGAGAAGGUUAUUGAUGCAAGUCACCCUGAUCUGCUUGAGAUUGAAAAGGCUAAGAAAAUGCUCAAGGAACAUGAACAAGCUCUAGUUGAUGUGAUUGCCAAGCUUGCGGAUGUUUGUGACAGUGGAAGUGGUGGGGAGCAGCCCUCCUUUCCUAGAAAUUAUCCACGUGGGAGCAAUCAUGAUGGCGCCGAUAUGGAGCCUGAGACAAGGGGAAGAUCUCUAGCUAACGAAACAGCAAGAGGUCAAGGCGCACUGGAAAAUAAGCAUGAUGAGGAUGUCAUCGUUAUUUAGUUCAUUUCCUUCUCAUAACAGCAACAUUUGUACUUUGUCUAUGUAGGAUUCUGGAGCUACUAAACUUUGUAUUUCGACUCGAUUUUAUGGUAGAAAUGGAUUAAAGUGCCUAAGUUAGUUGCAUUUGUUAAUCUUGUAAGACAUGUAGAGUUCUCUUUGUAUGUUCUAUUUCAGUAACUUUUAGUUGUGCUGCAACAAUGGACUCCUUCCUCCACCUCCCAUCCACUGAAUAAAGCUGCUUCUGUUUUCUUUUC